AUGCCAACGAAAUUCGAGGAUAUCCCUCUACCAUAUUCUUCCUCCAAACCACUCCCCACUCGUCAACAUACUCGCGGUCCGACAAAUACAGGAGGAGCAUCACUUCGUCGUGGAAAAACAUUGACGAAACCUGAAAGACAUGUAGCUCCUGUUCCUCUCAUCGCACCACCUCAACUUCCACCCCAUGGUAACGGUGGUAAUCUUGGGAAUGACGGACCGGCUUCUUUGCUUUCACCUAGAUUCGACCUCAACUGGUGGGUCGUAUGGUCUUACGCUACCACUUUUUGGGCACCUCCACAGGUUUUGAAGUUGUUUGGGAUCAAAGAAAAGGCUAGUAGACAAGCAUGGAGGGAGAAGAUCACUUUAUGUUGGAUAGCAGUUUUGUUGGGCGCUAUAGUGGGUUUCGCUACGAUGGGUUUGCAAAGGGCUUUGUGUCCUGCUGGGGAGAGUGAUUCUGCGUUCAGAAGGUUAGGGAAUGAUCCGUUAACACUCAGUAUCUCCGGAAAGGUGUUUAACAUCUCCACAUCACUCACCCAAGAAGAUGUAGAUUUCUACGCUCUAUCUAAACAAAUGCCAGGACAAGAUAUCACCAAUCUUUUCACUCGUUCAAUCACCGACUACCCCUCUUGUUCCGGACACACCCUUCGAUAUGCCACCACUCCAUUAUGCAAAUUCGCCGCAUCUUCAUCUUUCAACGAGACCGGUACUCUCCAAUCCUGUCCCCUUCCCGCUCCUACAGAAACCACUUUCGAUAUUUUACAAAUCCAAAACACUGGACUAGAAGAAGGAUAUUCUUGGGCUCAAGUAGCCGCCCUCCAGAGUUACCUAGUGAUAGAUGGAUUCGUACUUAACCUGGAACCAUAUGUCGUCGCCAACCCUAAACCCAUCGUCAACGAUCCGGUAGAUAGUCUCAUCCGACAAGUCUUAUCUAACCAAACCACCUCCGGAAAAGACGCGACCAUGUUAUUUUACAACCGAGCGGAAACCCGAGAUGCAGUGAAAUGUAUACAAGAUCGAUAUUUAGCCGGAAGGAUAGAUAAGAUUACUCCAGGUUGUUUCGUAGCUUCACUAUUUCUUUACACUUCACUCACCGUCAUUCUAGGUGUUGUUUUUGUUCGUUUCGCAAUGGCUUGUAUUUUCAAUUGGUUCAUUUCAUCAAGACUUGUUUUACCUCCAAAAGAUUUAGGAAGAACAGUUGUCUCUCCUGCUGUUUUACCUGAAGGUGCAAACAUUUCUAUACAUAAUAAAUCCGGUACUGCACCUUGGGCUUCUGAUAAUACAUCGAGAAAGUUGAAGAAUACAAGAAAUCUCAAUAAUGUUCAGAACGGUUAUGGAAAAGGUUUGAAUAGUUCUUCUACCACUUUGGUAAAUGGAGCGGAACCAGUGAUUAAUAUGGCUAGAAUAGGAUCGGAAUUAUUUGUGGUGGCUCUGGUCACUUGUUAUUCCGAAGGAGAGGCAAGUGUGAGAGGGACGGUAGAGAGUAUAGCAGCUACGAAUUAUUCCGAUACGAGGAAAAUACUUUGGAUCGUUUGUGAUGGUAUGAUCACGGGUGCAGGGGAGAAAAUGUCAACUCCGGAUAUUUGUGUUAGCAUGUUAGACGCUGAUCCGAGGUUUGGUAAUCCUAUGCCUAUGGGAUAUAUUGCUGUGGGUACUGGUGCGAAGAGGGAGAAUAGGGCUAUGGUGUAUGCUGGGCACUAUGUGUCCAAAAACGGUCACCGAACCCCAACCAUCAUUGUUGUCAAAUGUGGCAUGCCGACUGAAGCUUCUGACAAGAAACCCGGUAAUCGAGGAAAACGUGAUUCCCAACUCAUCCUUAUGAAUUUCUUCUCCCGAGUGACAUACAACGACCGUAUGUCUCCGCUCGACUUUGACAUGUUUAGAAAGAUCCAAACUCUUAUAGGUGUCACUCCUGAUUUCUUCGAACUAGUCCUCAUGGUGGACGCCGAUACGAAAGUCUAUCCCGAUUCUCUGAAACAUCUUGUCAACGCGAUGCAUCAUGAUAAUUCCAUCAUGGGUGUAUGUGGUGAAACCCGAAUAGCGAACAAACGACAAAGUUGGGUCACUGCUAUACAGGUCUACGAAUAUUUCAUUUCACAUCAUCUUGUCAAAGCUUUCGAAUCCGUUUUCGGUGGUGUUACAUGUUUACCUGGAUGUUUCUCAAUGUAUCGAAUCAAAGCUCGUAAAGAUGCCGAUGACGAUUGGGUACCGAUACUUGUGAAACCUGAAAUAGUUCGAGAAUAUUCACAAUCUGAAGUUACGACGUUACAUCAAAAAAACCUUUUGUUACUUGGAGAAGAUCGAUUUUUAUCAACUAUCAUGUUGAGAACAUUUCCAAAGAGAAAAAACAUAUUUUUACCUCAAGCGAAAUGUCGAACGGUCGCACCUGAUACAUUUUCAGUUUUAUUAUCACAAAGAAGAAGAUGGAUAAAUUCAACAGUACACAAUCUGAUGGAAUUAGUCAGAGUACGAAAUCUCUGUGGAAUAUUUUGCUUUUCAAUGCAAUUCGUCGUAUUCAUGGAUUUAGUUGGAACGGUAGUUUUACCAGUAGCUAUUUGUUUAACAUUCGCUUUAAUAGUAAAUUCAAUCAUUACACCACCAACAUCAUUUCAAGAAGCUAUACCUUUAAUGUUAUUAGCAGCGGUUUUAGGUUUACCUGCUAUUUUGAUCUUGAUUACAACUAGAAAAGUCAUUUACGUAGCUUGGAUGAUGGCUUAUUUGGUAGCUUUACCCAUUUGGAAUUUCGUUUUACCCAUUUAUGCUUUUUGGCAUUUUGAUGAUUUUUCAUGGGGAGAAACGAGAAGGGUAGAAGGUGAAUUGAGAAGGGAAACUACGAAUGAUAAAACUGCUAUUUUCGAUGGUACUACUAUACCUUUGAGAAGAUGGGAAGAUUGGGAAAAGAGUAGAUUGAGAAAGAUGAGAAGAGAAGAAAAGAGAAGGAAAGAAAUGGAAAAACAAUUUGGUUCAAAAGGUUUUUAUCAAACGAAUAAUGGGAAUUCGAAUAUUGGUCAAGAUGGUUUAUUAGGAACGGGUACAGGGGAAGAUUCUUUGAACGCACCAAGAGCGCAUUGGAUAGAUAGUCAAUAUGGUUCUGGUUCCGAUACCAAUAGUUUGUUCAGUAGUGAUGAAGAUGUUUGGGGUGGUGAGAUUGGUGGUUAUAACGAACAUAAUCCUGCUUUUCCACCACCGCCGAUCUCUUUAGCUCCUGUUCCAUCACACGUCACUCCUGAUGGGGUAUUGGGGGAAGAUGAAAUGACGGCGAUUCUCGAUCAAGGGUUUGACGAUGGGCCGAGAGGUAUGGCCGGGGGUGGGUUGAGUUAUCCCCCUUUGGCUUCGUUAGGUGUCAGAGGGUACGCUUCGCCGAGUACUAGUAAACAGUUGGACAAGUAUGGAAGAUAUGAUCCGAACGCGGUACGUCAAGAUGUGAAUGGGAGAUAUGAUCCGAUCGCGGUUCGUCAAGGUACCAAUGUAAGAUAUGGUCAAGAUACCAACGGAAAAUAUGGUCAAAACUCCAGUACUCAAGAUACCAAUGGAAGAAAAGUUCAUAAUGCCAACCUUGGUGAUACGUAUGGACGUCACAAUAUGGAUCAACGAGGGUAUACCGAGGAUAAUGGGAAUGGACCUGGGUCUGGGUUCGGGGUCGGAACGCAAGUCAUGGGUCAGAAGAAGUAUCAAUUAUCAGAUAAGGUAGAUAGAUCGGAUCGACGAGUCGAAGGACAAAAUGAGAGUGAGAGAAAUAGAAGGGAAGAGUUGAAUAAACGAGGUGAGGAGAGAUAUAAAGAUAAAUCAUCACCAUCAUGGCAAAAUAUCAACGUUGGUUCUGGUUAUAAAGAUAAAUCAUCACCACCAUGGCAACAUGUCAACGUUGGUUCUGGUGGAUGGGAAGGAGAAGAACCUCUUGGGAGUGGAAAAGGUUGGGAAGGAGAACAAGAUAGGUUAAAUUCAGGAAACAGUAUUUCAUCUUCUAUCGAACCGAACGAUUCUAGAGGUCACGUUAAAAGACGGUCAGGUGGGAAAGAAAAGUAUGGUCCUUUAGGUCCUUUGGAAGAUGGUUGGGGAAGGAUAUAGAGUAGUUAUAUGGUGCUGAGAUGUAUCUUCGUGAUGAGGUGACUUCUA